AUGGCUCUCGAGGGAAGCCGCCUCGCCAAGACGAGAUCAACAUCCACCGUCGCUCUGUUCCACGCCGUCUGCGCCAUCUCCGCAGCCCACCAAGCGAACCUCAGAGGCACCGACGCCCAUGCCGGCUACGCAGAUCUGAUGCUCCACCACGACGAGCGGAUGGCGAGCCUGGCCACUCUCUGCCUAUGGAUUCUCACUCACUUCAUCACCGGCACCGCGGGCGCCUGGCGCGAGGUCAUAAAGGUGACCCGUGACCUCCUCGACGAUACCAGCAUGGAAACCUGGAGACAGUCGACUACCGCCGCCUUGACGUACGAGUCCUGCUCAUCCACCUUCGCCACGGUACUUGCCCAGUACCUCGGACGACUAGACGCUCCCGUCCCGAUGAAGACAUAUCUGCCAGAUGUCGAGCUAUCGAAGAGCCAAAUAAUGCCGGUACGAUCUCUUGAGCUGGUCUGCACCUUCAACGCAAAACUUGUGCACUCCCCAAUCCUUGUAGAAGAAGACCUCGACCAGCUGGAGAUCGAAUUCGCCUUGUCCACGCCCGAGCCUUCUCUAGAUUACGACGCCAGCAACGCCGAGUCGGCCAUGGUGCACCACCACCGCUCGCUAUUCUACCACGCGUGCCUACUAUACUUCAAGGGUAACUCUGGGAGGCGAGGCCCCGAAGAGGACGUCCAAGAUCUGGUUGCUAGGUGUCUCGACCACAUGGAGCACCUCGAAUCCUUACAAAAGAACAGCAGCCCCAAAGCGUGGAUCUACGCCACAGUGGCCUUCGAGGCCAGAGCGCCGGAACUACGAGAUAGGGCAAGGUUGCUGUUCUCCAGACGAAAGUCACUCGGGAUCGCUACCUGGGAUACGCUGCUUCUCGCGGUUGAGGCGAUCUGGAAACGCCGCGAUUUGGCUGCCCCAGGUGUCUUACCGGAGCCUUGGACGCGUGUACUUUCACGGAUGCCAGAGUUUGAUGUGAUUCUCUAUUGA